CCAGGCAACAGCUGAGGACCCAGGUCUCCCCUGUAAACACAAGAUUGAUCCAAUUGACAAGUAGCGCAACUCGGCUCCUUAAUUGCUGAACGCCGUUUUACCCUUGUGUAAAAUGGUUGAGACGGAGGCCUACCAAGGGGACCAGGGGAUGGCAGUGCGCAAGCCAUCCCCUGCUGCUGCUGACCUGGUUUCCACCCUAAAGAAGGCCCUUUUCAUCAUAGGCUCAACCACUAUUGUCUUUGUUGCCCUGAGGAACAGUCUCACAUAUCAUCUGCAGCACUUCUGGGGAGCUUCUGGUGACUUUUGGCAACACCAGUGGGACAAAAUCCUUCAGACUUUUGGAGAUGAUCCUUACUUCCUCAUGGUUUACGGGUCAACAAUCGUGUCCUACUUUGUCUAUUGGAGCAUCGGCAUCCUGUACACCCUAAUGGACACGACAAACAAGCCAGCCUUCCUCCGUCGAUACAAAGUGCAACCAGGAACAAAUGAACCAGUCGAACCUUGGAAGCUUGUAAAGUGUAUCCUCUGGGUACACUUCAACCAGAUCUUCGUGGGUAUUCCAUUUUCCAUUGCCAGUUACUACUUGCUUGCUCUGCGUGGCUACGACCAGUCCCCACAGCUGCCCACUUUCCACUGGGUACUCUUCGAACUUAUUAUUUGCAUUUUGCUUGAAGAAGUUGGAUUUUACUACUCACAUAGGCUGUUCCACCACCGACUGCUCUACAAGCACUUCCACAAGAUGCACCAUGAGUGGCAAAGCCCCAUUGCCAUCACAGCCAUCUAUGCCCACCCACUGGAGCACAUCUGUUCCAACCUCUCGCCGGUAUUCCUUGGCCCACUGGUCCUUGGCUCACACGUGGCUACUGUCUGGCUCUGGGUCAGCCUCACCAUCCUCAGCACCCUUAAUGCCCACAGUGGAUAUCAUCUGCCAUUCUUCCCAUCACCUGAGGCUCAUGACUUCCAUCACUUGAAGUUCAAUCAGUGCUAUGGUGUACUAGGGGUGCUUGACCUCCUCCACGGCACAGACGACAAGUUCCGUGCCUCGAAGUGCUUCUCCCGCCACCUGAUGAUGCUGUCUCUCAUUCCCCCCCGUGAGGCAUAUCCUGAUGAUGAGCAUAAGGGCAAGACAGUCAAAGGGAAGCAGUGUUAGUCAUGCAACUGGGCUCCAAGGGGAGACAGUCAGACUUUGCAUGAUAUUGAAAAAGAAGCAAGGAAAUGAGAAAAACAUGAAAGUAUUGUUGUCUUACCAUUCUUCAUAUAUAAGCUCUAGUAUGAAAUGUGUCACUGCUGCAGCUGCACUAAGAGCAACCACAUAGUGGGGUAUUAAAAAAAUAAUGCCAUAGAGGUUGUAAUAACUGAUUUAUUUCUGGAA